AACGGAGAUCGCGAGAUCGAUCGCUGGUAAACAGACAAAUGCACCAUAGUCAGCCGGUGACGACAACGGUUAACUCAACACCCACCCCUGCUUCCACCGGAAGCCCUUCGGAGGAGGCUCCGCCGAAGCAGGUGGCGCUAGCAAUGGAUAGGCUGGGCCAAGCGGCCCGAAUCAUCGCAGAUAUCAGAAUUGGCGCCGACCGUCUUCUUGAAGCUCUCUUCAUCGCCUCACAGCCUCAUCAAAGCACCAAGCCUUUGCAGCUGUUCCACAACGAAGAUGCUUCCAUGCGUCGACAUCUGCAAGACCUUCGUUCCCUUGGAAGGCAGCUAGAAGAGUCUGGGGUUCUUAACGAAUCGCUUCGAUCGCGAAGUAAUUCUUGGGGUCUGCAUAUGCCUUUGGUUUGUCCAGACGGCGCUGUAGUUGCAUAUGCUUGGAAACGACAGCUUGCGGGGCAAGCUGGGGCUUCUGCUGUCGACAGAACUAGGUUGGCUCUCAAAGCCUUCACUGAUCAGAAAAGGCGAUUCUUCCCUCAUCUUGAUGAUGGACUCCUAAAUAAUGACACACCUUCAAAGAAACAUUGUGGUUCUGAAGAAAUCAUGUUGGAUUGUAAAGAUGAAGCUAGCAGUCUCAGUACAUUACCAGAUGUUCUAAAGCGUUUGGAAAAGGAAGUGCCAAAUCUGGAAAUUUUAACUUUUGAACGAUUGGACUGGUUAAAAAGAGCUCCUUCACUACCCUCCUCACAAAAUGAGAAUUCUGUAGAACAUAAUUUCCAUGGAUCAAAUAACCUAAGGCCAGGAUCAUUUGGAACUGAUGCUGCAGACAAAAUUGCUGUGAUAGAGUUGCUAUUUCCAUCUGUCUUUAGAGCUGUUGUAUCUUUACACCCUGCCGGCUCCAUAGAUCCUGAUGCAGUAGCUUUCUUCUCUCCAGAUGAGGGUGGAAGCUAUGUACAUGCAAGGGGUUAUUCGGUUCAUCAUGUGUAUAGACAUAUCACGGAAUAUGCGGCUACAGCUCUGCAAUAUUUUCUAGGAAACCAAGCUGAAACAUCUCUGUAUUGUUUAUUGCACUGGAUUUGCAGCUACCAGACCCUUUUUACAAGGUCUUGCAGUAAGUGUUCUCUGCUACUUGCUAUGGAUAAGCAGUCAGCUUUGCUGUUACCUCCUGUCCAUCGUGCCUAUUGGCAGUUUUCUUUUUCAAAGCUGUUGUCAACCAUCACCUCAAAAGACCAGAGCACAGAUACUACUCAGGCUUUUCACGUUGGCUGCUUCUCUGCAGAAACGUAACUGCAUAUGCCAAUGAUAUUGGUUGUAGUAGUGACUCACUUGGUUGAAGUUGUGUUCCUGAUAGUUGUAGAAGAUUUGAAUAGAAAUGUUCGGGAAAAGGCUUGUCAUUGCUUGAAAGCCGUAGUGUUUGCUUCCUGGGCUUCUCUUCCUCUAACAAUAAUGCAUGUAUGUAGUUUCCUAAUUUCUGUGCAACAGUUGAGUUAAUUGUAGUUAGUGAUAAGUUUCAGCAGGAAAGGAGAUGUAGGAGUUUUGUGGAAAUUCUUGUUGAUGGGUCUCCUUAUAUUUUUUGUUCCUCUUGAAUAUUUGUGGAAAUACUCCCUUGUAUUCUUGCGGAAAUACUCAUUAUGGUAUAUGUGCUUGUUUUAACUGCUCAGUUGAUAUCUUCAUGUUCAGCUUAGGGAA